AUGCGGCGGGGCCAUUUCUCCUUAAAAGAUUUGCCAGCAUGGUGUAUUCUCAACAACGUUGCUUUUAUCGACGUCAAGGUAGCCGAUAUUAGUGGUCGAGGAUAUGGCUUCAUAGCAGAGAAGAACCUGGUAGAUAAAGAGAAAGACCAGAAUGACGAUGAUGUCGAUUUCACCACCCUCUUAACAGUCCCGAGAGAUUUGGUCCUAUCCGCUGAAGGUGUAGAAGAGUACGCCAAGGAAAGCAAGGCCUUUCGAGAACUUCUAAAUGCAGCAGGGCACCAAUCAACCAGAGGCGAUAUAUUGCUAUUCUUAUUAUUCCAACUCGUAUUGUCUUCUCCCGACUACAAUGGUGGGCUGGGGUCAUCAACGCCGUGGACCCAGUACUUCAGUCUCUUGCCGGCAGAGGUGCCGAUCCCUACAAUGUGGCAUGAACCGGAACUUUCUUACCUAGAGGGUACUUCACUAGAGCCAGCUGUGUCUGCUAAACUAGGCACAUUGACGAAGGAGUUUGACCAUCUCCGCGAUAAACUGGCUGGCUUGUCGUACUGGAACGAGCUUAUCUCAAUUGACGAAACUAUCACUGUUCGUGACUGGAUUCUUCUUGACGCCUUAUACAGGUCCCGUUCACUGGAUCUGCCCGGACUAGGCGAGUCAAUGGUUCCGUGUCUUGACUUAGUCAACCAUUCUAGCCAAGCUACUGCUCAUUUCCAGAUAAAUAGUAAGGGCGAGGUAGACCUUCGCCUACAUAAGGGAUGUUUGGUAGCAACCGGCGAAGAAAUCACGAUCAACUAUGGACAAGACAAGCCCCCGGCGGAAAUGCUGUUUAGCUACGGCUUCAUUGACACAGCCUCGACUACUAAUAGCCUGGUCCUUCCCUUAGAGCCGCUAGACGAUGACCCGCUUUCAGCAGCAAAGCUUCAUGCCUUUGGUAAGGUGCCGAAGCUUCGAAUAAAAGAAGACGGGAAUGGCAUGCCACAAGUUUCUGCACCUUUCGUCUAUCUCAUGUGUCUCAAUGAAGAAGAUGGUCUGGCAUUCAGAGUCCUACAAGAAGUAGAUGGAUCUCGCCAUUUGAAGAUGUUCUGGCAAGAUGACGACAUUACAGACUCACCAGAUACGAUCCAUACUCGCCUCCAACACCACGAGCUGAAUAAAAUAUUUGAAUUGCGGUUUAUAACGAUUAUCUUUGAUAUCAUCCAAGGACAACUUGAAAAACUUUCCAGCAGCUUAGCUAAACCGGAGUCGGCGAGGGAUAGAAUCUGGCAGGCUGCCUCCCAUCUGAGAUCACUUGAAUCAACCCUAUUUGAGAAAACCCUCCAAGUUCUUGAUGAAAAUCGGACCCAACUCCUUCAAGAAGAUACAGUAAUCGAAUAUUUGAGAUCAAUGGAGGCUGAUCAAACCGAUAUUAUUAGCGCCGAAGCCGCCGAGAACGAGGAGGACUUUAGCUAGUAAAAAGAUUCAGGUCUUCGAGAACGCUGUCUGUCCUCAACUAUAUCAGUCACCCCCUAGAGGAGUAAAAUCAAUCUUGAAUUUUGGGUUGCAAUCCACGUUUUCCCCGUGAA